AUGCGUGUCACCUUGUCAGCUUGUCUGGCUAUUGCAUGGUUCGCGGGAGGAGCGUUUUCAGCUAUUUUACCUCGAGGAUGGCCAACCAAUGAUCAUGGACUUGGACGUGAGGCCCUGUUAACCCCGCGGGUCCAUGAUCCUACCCUGCGUAUGACGAAAGCUGCAUUCGCUCCCUUCCAGAAUUUUACUGGUUCUACUCAGGCUGUUACUAGCACUCUUCCAUUCACGGCCAGCAUUCUUGAUGAAACCACAUUCUUAACCACUAGUGCUGCGCCCUCCACCAGCACCAUCUCUUUGGUCGAAAAUUGUUAUGUCAUAGCAGAUAAAGUUGUUACUGGGAGCGAGACAAUCACCCCCAUUUUCAAGACCCCCAUGGCUAGCGAGCCUAGUUGUUCUGUUGCAAACACUGUCACUGUCACUAUCACUGAGAUUCUCUCUCGUACUAUGGAAAGCUUCACACCAGCUUCUUCAACUACCAAACAGCCAACUUUGACCACUCCCACAGCCAGUGAGCCAAGUCCUACGGUUGGGUCUAUCAUAAGCAUCCCAAGCUCAAUCAAAGCUCAGGUAACUAAAUCUGCAACAGCGUUUCAUUCGAUUGGACUAGGUUCUGGCGGAUGGAAUGCCUCCACAUUUGUCACUACAUUGACAGGUGAAGCUGUCAAAGCUGGCAUGGCCGGAUACGAAAUGCAACACGUUACAACUAAAUCCUCUACCCUGUCGAAACAGUCACAGGUGCAUGAACGUUGGAUUAGAGAUACAGUGACCGCGACAAUAAACGGGAAAGUAGUAUCGUGGAAGAACGAGCGGAAUGGGGAACAGCUGUCGUCACUUGUUUCUACCAAAUCUACAGCCCCCAUUCAAACUUCUGGUACGCUCACCUCCAAGGUCACAGCUGGUGCAACUCCUACCUCGUGCGGAGAGACUGGUUUCUUCAAAAUUAGCUUUGAUGACCUUCCGGUAUACUCGCCUGGCAAAAACCAAACAGCUGCGUUCCCGCCUAUUUUCAGCCCAUACCACCACUUUUUUUUCUCUAGUGGUUGGUCAUAUGGGCCCCCUUCAGCCGGGCCGUUUGCCCCAGUAUCGUAUCCUCACAUUGGCAUACAUGUCCCAACAAAACGGAAUGGAGGGAAAACUCAAUCCAAGGGGAUAUUUGGUGGAGGGUCCCGUGCUUCUCAGAGACUCUUUUGGUUUGAUGCCUUUAGUGCUGAAGUCGGCUGCGACAAUGGGAACAGCACGCAUACCUGUGAGCUCACUAUACAGGGGCUAAAGUACUCUGCAGAAUCCGGCACCGAGGUUCGUGCUGGAAUAACUAAAUUUGCAAUUCCUCCCUGCCACGAAUCUAAGCACUGUACCUUGACCGAUGUCCUCUUCGGGGAUGGCUUCAAUGGACUAUCAGGGAUUGAGAUUGAAGCACAGGUGGCUGGAAGAGCUGUCAUGUGGUACAUUGAUGACAUCCUGCUCAGAUGGCAUGACGAUACUUGCGCUGCUGGUAUCAAACGCCAACGUUCGCGCUUCUAA